GAUAUUACAAAUUUCAGUUGUGUUCUUGACCUCUCCAAGUGUCCUUUCAUUCAGGGCAAAAUGUGGUUUGCUCAGCCCAAGGAUGCUGGCUUUUCAUCUAUCCACAAUAUCAAUAGUCAUUUGGCCAGCCUCUCCAUUGUUGGAAACACGAUCCCCACUCCUGACCCCGCUAUUAAGGAGAAAGCUUUAUGUGCUCCGGAUAACUUGAAUGCAAGUAUUGAAAAUCAGGGGCAGAUUAAGAUGUACAUCAAUGAAGUGUGUCGGGAGACUGUGUCACAUUGCUGCAACUCGUUUCUGCAGCAGGCCGGAUUUAAUUUGUUAAUAAGCAUGACAGUCAUUAAUAACAUGCUUGCCAAGUCCGUUUCAGACUUGAAGUUUCCUUUGAUAGCAGAGGGAAGUGGAUGUGCUGAGCUUCAGGUUUUGAAACUGUUGAUGGGUUUGUCCGAAAAGCCAGUCUUGGCAGGGGAAUUGCUGGGUGCCCAAAUGCUGCUCUCAUUCAUGUCCCUCUUUAUGAGGAACGGAAACAGACAGGUUCUCCUGGACACCCUGGCCUCUUAAAUGGCCAUCUCGAACAGAAUGGAACUGAAUCUGCCCAAAACCCUUCUGGUGAACACACACAUGUGUUCUCACUCAAAGAAUCUGCAGUGGGUGCUGUUGAAGAUCCAGUCUUAGCCCAUCACCACAUCACGGGGUGAAAGUUACACUCGCUAAAUCGAGGACCACAUUCCUAUUGGCCAGGCAGGGGUUCCCACAGGGCUUGGAGUAACUUCUUGGUUUUGCAGUCUGCAGGCAAUGUGCAUUGUCAGUCACUCCCCUGUGGCCUUCUUCCUGUGGUAAAGGGAUCAUUCCAGCUGCCAGCUGUGGAUACAGAACAUCCUAUUAUAGCAUCAUGAGGGAUGCCCUGCC